GCUGCAACUCGACACUUCACUUGUGUGUUGUAGAAUGUAGAUUGUAGUCUGCACUUUUUGUGUGUGUUUGGCUAAACUAAAUUAGUAAUUUUUAUAAAACAAAUUAAUAAUUUGUUAAUUUCCUAUCCCAGUCCAUAAUUCAAUUGAGAAUUCCAUAUCAAUUUGUAUAAUUAUGUUUUUAAAGCAGACAAAUAUAUUGAAUUUUUCCCUUUAAUGUUGGAAGACCAAUAAAUUUUAGGUUAAAAACAUAACAUGCCUUAUCUAUGUUAUCAGUAUCUUUGAUAUUCAAUAAUAUUUCAGUUUUAUGUUUUUGGUAAGUGAACGCGUUUCAUUAUUUUUUCUAAAUUUUAAAAGAAAAUUCGUUGAAAUGACUACAGAAAGUGUUGUCAGCAGCUUGAAAUGCAUUUUGGAACGGAUUGCUACAGCAUCUUCUAAAAGACCUCUUGAUAUUCAAAAUGUAGUUCCCAGAUUGGUUGCUGUCAGUAAAACGAAACCCAAAGAAUUGGUAAUUGCUGCAUAUAACAGCGGCCAGAGGCACUUUGGAGAAAACUACAUUCAAGAGUUAGUUGAGAAAAGUAAUGAUGAUCAGAUUCUGGAGGAAUGUAAGGAAAUACAAUGGCAUUUCAUCGGUCAUCUUCAAAGUAAAAAAGUUAGUAAACUAGCGGCAGUGAAGAACCUGUUUGUGAUUGAAACAAUCGAUUCUGAGAAGUUGGCCACGUCAAUCAAUAAUGCCUGGGCUAAAAAGCAAGACAACGAAUCCCUCAAUUGCAUGAUACAAGUCAAUACAAGUGGAGAAGAAGGAAAAAGUGGAGUAAGACCCGAUGAAGUGACAGGCCUAGCCUCGCAUAUCAUCAAAAAUUGUUCCAAUCUGAAACUGAUUGGUUUGAUGACUAUUGGAGAGUUUGGAUAUGAUUACUCCAAGGGACCCAAUCCUGACUUUGUGUCUUUGGUUGAAUGCCGAGAAAAGCUUUGCACAUCUCUAGAAAUGUCUAGAGACAGCCUCGAACUAUCAAUGGGAAUGUCGGAUGAUUUUGAAUAUGCAAUUGAAAUGGGUAGUACAAAUGUUCGAGUUGGUAGCUCAAUAUUUGGCCUCAGGCAGAAAAAGGAAUAAUUUUUUAUGCAUGACAGUUUGUCUUCAUGGAGAAAUUCGUAAAUUACCAUAAUCGCUAGCAUGAACACCGAGUUUACAAAACAGUAUGUAAACAUGAAGCAAAGUGGUUAACAUUUAAAUACUUGUUUCAAGUUACAGUAUAGGUAACGUACGAGUAUAGGUAAUGUCUUUAUUUGAAAAAGGUCCCACAAAAAUAGUGAGGAAUAUUUUAUAAAAUGAAUUGGGCUCCAUUUUAUGACUCAUCGAGCUGUGAAUUGUUUUAUAUGUGAAGAAAUAGUACAUUAGUAUCCUCUUGACUAGAGAUUUGUUUUUCAUAAUUAAAAUUGUUAUAGAAGCAUUUG